AUGCAGGAGGCCAGCUCCUCCGUGCAGUACCUCGCAUCCAUGUACUUCACGCUUACCACCCUGACGACUGUCGGGUAUGGCGAUGUGACGAUGAGGACGACGCCGGAGAUCAUGUACUGCAUCCUGAUGAUGGGGAUCGGAGCCUCGACGUUUGCCGUCAUCGUCGGCAGCAUCGAGUCUGUCCUGGGGAAGAUGGACUUCAAGGGGAGGACCUUCAGAGAGCAGAUGGAGUUGCUCGACGACUUCAUGCACCAGGAGAACCUCCCCCUUGACCUGAGGAUCCGCACGCGAAGCUUCUUCGAGUACGACUUCAACCAUUCCCGGGACAUCCCCAAGUCGGUCGAAGACUUGUCGAGCGCCCUGCGCUCGGAAGUCGCUCUCUUGCUGUACAACGACCUCAUCACCAGCGUGCCUUUCUUUCGCAACUGCGGUCAGGAAUUCUUAACAGAGAUUAUCUUCUUCCUGAAAGCUCGGACUCUCUGCCCGGGUGACAUCCUCUACGAAGUAAGUGCCUCUCUCCUGCUGGGCCCCUCAGAUCCACAGCUCUGCUGGGAGUUUCUCCCUGACUUGAACGCGCAGGAGGGAGAGUACGGAGAGAGCAUGUUCUUUCUGAUCAAAGGGAGUGUGGAGGUCACUGUUGACCAAGAGAAGGGGAUAUACGUCGAGCUGCACGAGGGGAGUUACUUUGGGGAGAACUGCGUGCUCGGUCUGGAGGAUCACAGAAACAUGACCAUAACAGCGACGACGUGGUGCAACUUGUUCGCUCUGGACCAGUCGUCCCUUGAAAAGUGUUUGGUCAAGUUUCCUGAAGCUCAGGAGCAGUUCUGCCGGCUGGUUCAUGAGAGGACGACGGAGAAGGCGGUGCGAAACACAAUCCGAAGAUACAGCACCAUGAAGAAGCAAGCCAUUGAUGACGUCACGCUGUCCAGAUCAACUUCAGAUGAGACUGUUUGCCCGAGUCCCAUAAUCACAGACCGCCCGCACGACAACCACGACCAGCCUGAGCAGCACAAACAGCCUCCUGUCGUCACAAGAGCGAGGCAGAGGUUGCAGCUGGAAUCGAGGUCGUCAUCUGAAAUCAACCUCUCCCACGUUGAUACUUCUCUGCUCGCCAUGAACGGGCCAGAAGACAAAAAAACGCACAAGAUCGUCGUGGAUCAGAUUGACCAUUUUCUGAACAAGGAAAUCCCCAAGAAUUUGAUCCGCAAGGAGAUAGAGGAGAUCCGAUCCGACUUGACAGAACUGAAGGAUCUCUUGCAGUAUCAGUCCAAGAAUGCUUCCCUCGGUAUCGAGUCGUGACGUGGCAUUUCCCGACUGUACAUUAUCACGUGGGUGCUUCGGGCCCGGCCCGACGACUCGCCGGGUGUCACCCACGACUUGUUACAACCUAAAUGUAUUCAAAGCUAAGCACGUGAACCGUUAAGAUCGCC